AAAAAAACAUUUUUUGUGAGCAUUCAUUUUGGGGUGCAAUGCUUCACAUAUUAAUUAAUAAUCAAUGUCAUUGCGCAUUUCAUGCAAGUCAUUCAUGCCGCUGCUAUUUCAUUCAUUGGACAUUUGCCAACACCCAAAAAUAACACACACUCAACCAUUUUUACAAUGUGCUGGUGCAUGUAUACGGAAAAUGAUGCGCAAAUAAAAUUCAAUCCCAAUUUUGGGUUCUUUUCUUUAGUUACUAAAUUCCAAUACAAUUUAUUAUUAUCAAAUCUAUUAACGUUCCAUUAGCCUAAUCAUUCAUUAACACAACACAACACAACAAAAUAUUUAGACAUGAAAAGAGAGAAUGUACGAAAUAAAAUAAAACAAAACAAUUUUAAAGUAUGUUAACCGAUGUUAUUUACACUAACCACAUCAAUACGAUAGAUCAUGUUAUACGAUCUCAUUGUGAGCGGAAUUCUUUAACAGCGUUGAAAACAAUGGCAACCAUCUUAUCAAUAUGAAAGCGAUUGUUUUUUCAGAGUUUUGAUUUUGUUUGCAACUUUUUCCGCAAAAAUUUCUUUUUUGUAUCUCGUUCGGUGAAGAUUCGUACUUGCAGUACGCACGCAUCACUUUAUCAAGGUAAUUAAAUUCAAAUUUAUGGCAUCAUAAAACUCAAUCAUCACAGCAGAGUGACUGCAUUAAUUGGCCUUUGGAAUUGACUACGGAACGGCGUACAACGAAAAUCAACGAUUCUUUUUGGGUUGUUUACACAGAUAAUUCACAUGUUCGUCGGACGCCCGUCAUGAAAUUAUGCUAAAUAUGUGACACGGUAGCAAGUUACUACUGGCAACAUCGCAUGACCGUUGGAAAUUACAAACUCCUCUAUUAAUGCCACCAACAAUACAUUGGAGUCGAUUCGAGAAUUGGACGAAAAUCGAUAGCUUGGAAACCCACUCAGAAAUUAUGAAUUAAUCAACGGAAUAAUUACACCAGUAUUACAAACGAAAUGAAGGCGAUGUCCGUGUUCCAAUGUUAUUGCAUACGUUUGGUCGGUUUUAUUAAUAGAGAGUGUAAACAAAUCAUCAGCUAAGUCACACAGGUUAUUUGAUACGAAGCCGUAUGUGUUGAAGCCGUUGGUAAAUUCUCUGCAGAGUCUGAAUUAACUCUUGGCUCUAGUAUGGUAACAAUGAUGACAGUUUGACAGUUCUUGCAUAGCAACCGAUAAACAGGUGAAAAAUUGAAUACUUAUUUACUCAAAGUGGCUACUCGGAAAGCAAACAUUUAAAAAUGUUCAAGAAAAGAUCGAUCGCCUCUUUGGUGGCUAACGUACGCGCCAAUUCCAUUUUUCGACGCUCGAAGUCACAAAAUAAAAAUUACUUAAAGAAUCCAGAAUGGGAUGUUCAACCAGCUGAUAACAUUAUUAUGGUUAAAGCUUGGAAUGAUCGAGAAAAUGCCGAGGUGGUUGAGCAACAUGAGAAAAUGCGUGAAGAAGCCAUAGUCAAGGGCAAACAAAAUAAAAAACGCACUGAAGAGGCACGAAAAAUGCAGAAAGAUUUGCGGGAAAAAUUUAUCGAAGUCAAUGACUUCAUCAAUGAGUGUGAGCAAAAAGAGAUGAUCCUUGACAAGAAAAUUGCGGCCGAAAAGGAAAUCCAUGAAAAACUGCAAAAAGAAGUCGAUGAAUAUGUGGAGAAAACGAAAAAAUUGACCGAAUAUCAUGAGAAAACGUUGAAGCCAAACAUCGAAAAGGGCAAAGUGUAUGAGGAUGUGCUGCAGCAGCUUGUCGAUAAAAUGAAAAUUUUCAAAAACAAAGAAGAUUUUUUGGAUCGAAUUGAGGCAUUGUUACUCGCUCAGAAGGAAGUAUCAGAAAAUGAUGAAGCUUCUUUGAAAUCAGUUGAAAAGAUGCAAGCGGAUAUUGUGAAAAUAUCGAACGAAGCCACCUUGAUGAUUGCUGGCCUUGAAAAUCAACUAAUUGAGAUUGAGAAAAAUUUCGACAAAAUCAAAAGCGACUACUUGAAAGUGGAGAAUAUACUACAUCCAUCAAAGGAGAUUAUUGCAGAGAAAGAGAAAGAGAUAUGCAUGCUGCUCGAGCAAAUUCACGAGACUUACUUGCUGCUAUGUCAUCGAAACAAUGAAGAGCCAACGUUGAAGCGUGAACAAACCGAGGCGCAGUUAGAUUACAUCAAACGGGAAAUUGAAAAAAUUCUGGAAGUAAUUGAAUUGGCGGACGAAAUGAUGGCACUCGAAACAAGAUCGGAUAUUGCUGAACAUGGAUCAGGCAAAAGUGGAAUACCACGCAAAUAAACUAAUUCCUAGCUAUUCACUUCUGUCAUAACUGUACUUUGUUGAAUACACAAUUUCAAUUUGAUGUAGACUAAUUCGGGUUAAAUACAAAAACGUCCAAUUUUUAGACGGUUUUGUAACCAGCCGUUGUCAACGUCACAUUUCAAUUCCACUUGGCAUAACUUAAAUGCAUGCGCAAUUGCACACCAAAUUAAUUUAUUCUCUACGAAACCAUUUCACUUUGAAAUUU